UGUUCACUGCUGUCAAAGGGAUCCUUAGAAGUAGACGUUUUAAAAUAAAUAAAAGACAUUUGUGCAUUUAUAAAUAUUAAUAAUUAUAAUUACAAAAAACUGUUUUAUUUAUUGUUUUAAAAUAUAUCUUAGUUCAAUGUAUAUUAUUCUAUAAAGUAAAUUGGUGCUGUGAAAUGGAACUUUAUUUUUUGAUUUUACUUUUGUGUUUUGUGACCGGCAAUAAUGAUAAACAAAAAGAAACAGAAGACGAAAUAAAGCGGAGGAGGAUAAUAGAACAAUUGACCAAGACGCGAACUGUAAUUUUGGACGACUACCAAUUCGUUACAAGACAAAUCGCUACAGACGUAUUUAUGUACCGCAGUUAUCGAACUGUUUCAGUGAUUUUUUUUCGUAUUAUGAGUGAUGUGUCCGUGGCGCGGUUUACUAUACAAUCUGAAGAGCUUCAUCUAAACAAUAUUGGUUCAUGCAGUCCACAGGAAGUAGUGAUCAACUUGAAACCUGGUUCAUAUCCUGCCGUCAAUCCGGACGGCUAUGAUUUUCCGAAAAACUUCAUAGAUCCAGAUGCAAGGGAAGAUAUGCAUACAAUAGAACUGUUGUCCAAUGGCAAGAAUAUGAGCUACAUAAUAAAUAAUCCAAAACCAGAUAUUUGGUACGCUUUGGUCUAUAUAAAAUGGCAGGAUCCAAGUACUCAGAAGGUCGAGCAAGAAGGUCUCGUUGCAGAUUGUCAUACAAUACUGUACACAGAUCUUCAAGUCAAAAAGGAAGAGAAUAUCAAAAUCAUUGACUGCUAUAAUCCCCUGACCAUAGACUACGAUAACAUACCGGCACUAUAUAAAUGUAUGGCCACGGAUGAUGCAGACCCAAUAAGUUUAAAUAUAACUAUCGUAAAUACUCAUGUUAAUAAUUCACAGAUAACAUUCCAAGUGCAACCGUUGUCUAUACCUUCGAAGGAUAAUUUUAUUUUAUACUGUGUUUUUGAUCCAAGACUGAGUAAUAUACAAACCAUCACUUUCAAUACUUCGCCCAGCUCCUGGCAUUAUGUUAAAGUCGAUUAUGCGUUCGGUAACACGUCGAACAUAGCGAAUUGUGAAUCGUACUAUCUUAGAGAUUUCGAAGAACAAAUCAAUCAAACAAUUGUGGACCUUAUGCGCGAUGACAAAGGGAGGUUUUUCACGUACGACUAUGGAUUGCCAACCACAGAUCUACAAGACGCAACUAGUUUAGUGAACAUUACAUCACAAGAAAUAAAGUCGUUGAGAUUCAAAGUUAACGAUUUUAUCGAUAUCGGCGGUAAUUUAGUAAUCGAAGCUAGUCUAUUAAUGAGUUUAAAAUAUUACGUAGGAUAUAAAAGAGAACGUGUGAAGGACACUCUUCUCGCCUUUACUGAGGAGAAUCAGUUUUUCAAGACAGUCAUUUGUAUGGACAUUGGUCAUCCAAGUGUACCAUUGGAGUCCGGAGAGUGCAAAUUCAACGAUAAAGUGAAACCCGCGCUAUUUGUACUGAACAGUACCGAUUCAGACUCGAUAUAUGAGAAAGUUCUGAUCCCGUAUCCGGACAGUGGGACGUGGUACUUGACGUUCCGAUUGUUUUGCGACAAGGUGGUCUGUCCAUGUAGGACUUCGGACAAUGGGACGAAGUAUUACGUGCACACAUCCGAGAGCGUGGACGUGGAGUCUAGUACGUUCUCGAAUGCGACGAGGGAGGGGGAGUCGGAGUGCAACGCUACGGUGGUGCUCUCGAUAUCCUCGACUUCUUGCUUGAAUAACAGAUGCAGUAACCAUGGGACAUGUGGCUUGAACACGUACGGUGGACUCGUGAUGUCCUUCUGUUCCUGCUCGGCUGGUUAUGGAAGUUGGGACUGCUCAGACGCAUCGAGAAUGGACAGCAAGGGGUACAUGCUCGUGUCCGUCCUACUUCUUACUCUUAGCAAUUUACUCUUUCUCUUCUCCAUUUACGUCGCUAGCAUUCGGUAUUAUUUCACCGAGGCAAUGAUGUACGCAUUCACCAUGUUCUUUUCGAGUUUCUACCACGCGUGCGACGCUCCAGCCCAAGUUGCCUAUUGCAUUACGAGGGGUAACAUCCUGCAAUUUGGGGACUUCUACUGUGGCCUCAUGUCGUUCUGGGUUACCCUCCUCGCAAUGAGCAUAAUUGGCGACAAAUUGAGGUCCUUUCUCCAAUUGAUCGGGGCUAUCGUCAUAGCUCUAUUGACCACCUGGAAUAUGCAUUCGUUCGUGGCCUUCCUACUUCCAGUGGCGGUGGGCGUGUUUGUACUACUGCUGUCGUGGUACGUGGACUAUGGGAAAAUUAAGUGCAUGAGGUACCCCAGAUCGUACUACACCAAGUAUCUGCCGUUCGGUGUGGUUUUGGUGACCGUCGGUUUGAUUUGUUACGCGUUUUUACAAACUGAACAAAAUUAUAAGAUAGUGCAUUCUCUAUGGCACGCGAUCAUAGCUGUGAGCGUCGUGUUUUUGUUGCCAGACGCGAAAAGAACCGAUGUCAACCCGUUCGUACCGGUCGCCGGUUUCUGCUGGACUCCAUUGAGUAAUGUAUUUAAGAGAUCGCACACUCAAUAGCGUUUAACGUUUGGUUUUAUACAUGUGUGACAUCAGACAAUGACAAUCACAGUAUAAAUAUCCUUAUAAAAAUUGUUGUAAUGUUAAAACGUAGCGUAAGUAGUAAGUGAUUUAAGCGUAAUUGAAAGUUUUUGUACAUUUUAUAUUAAGAAUAGAAGCUUCACAUAACUACAAAAGUAAGCAUUCAAAUCAAUGAAUAAAAAUGUAUAGUUUGGUGUGUAGAUAAUGAAAAACACCAAGUCAGCCAUCUCACAAAUGAAUAAACCGUCGGAGUUAUAAGACUUUAUUGCCAUUUGUAAAAAUAGUAUUUGUAAAUAUUUUGCUUCUCAAUAUGAGAAAAUAAUUGCUGACGAAGCUUUUGUUCUUUGUUUUGCUGAACCUAGUCAAAAAUACCGUUCAAUGUAAAAAAUCAAACAAUGUCGUAUUAUCAGUGAAAUUCGUGAAAUUUCGACAGUUUUAUAAAUUUGUAAUUCAUAAGUCAUGAAAAGUACAAUGUUUUUUUCAUAAUACACCCAAAUCUAUAUAUGUAUGUAUGUAUGUGUAUUCUUUAUACUCUUUAUUUGGUUAAAGUUCAAAACUUAUUUAAGUGCAUUCAGAAGGUUUUAUUAAUUAGCGUAGUACAAAGAAUAUUCGCUUUUAAACUCAUAGAGGUAAGAUUUAAUUUAUUUCUGCUUUUUUAUCUUGACAAAUGUUUAAAUCCAUUCUCGUUCCAUAAUUGCAUUUAUAAAUGAAAAUUGCAUUGAUAAUUUAACACUAAGCUAAUGUGUUUAAGUUUUUAUUAUUAUAAUUACAAAACUAUUUAAGUAGUAUAAGCUUAGUAUUGACAUAAUAUUUAAAAUUAUUUCCUGAUCGUGUCAUAUCUUUUUAGCUAAACCAGUUAUUGCAUUUUAAACCUUGAUAUUAUUUAAUCGAGCUGGUUUUGGUGUAUGCAUCGUGCAUCAAGGUUAAUUCUAGGUGAAAAAGGUUUUAACCCACUUUAAAUGUCCCUUAUGUCCCUUAUAAGGGAUGCUUGUUUUUUACAUGACAAGUUAUAGGAAUUCAGGUGUUGCUUUCAACUUUUGUUAUCUUUAAAUUUUUUUUUUUUCUAAUCUGUCAGGUCCUUCCAAAAUUAGGGAUAUAGGGGAUACUAAAUUUACUUUUGAGCCUAUAUGAUAAUAGAGGUGUAAGAUAAUAUAAGUAUUAACUUUCUCAAUAAAUCUUUUCAAUGAAUACAAGCACAGGUGAUAAACUCUUGCGAAUUUCAGGGCAAUAAAUAAUAAAAAUUUUGGAGAUGUGUUAAUCUACAUAGUUUAUAUUAUUUUUUUACAUACAACCUAUUGACUAAAAACGUAUGUCCACUCGGGUGCCUUAUAGUGUUCAAUUUCAUUAGUAAUGACAUAUGUAUGUGUAAUAUAUAGAUUACUAAUAGGAAGGAAAUUAAUUAAUGAAUAAUUGAGGGUUAUAUUGAAAGAAUGAUUUAAUAUGGCAGAAGAAUGAGAACAAUUUUUGUCACGUUAGGUCUAUAGUUUUAAGUAAACGUCAAAUAUUUCUUUAAAUAAAUACGAUGCGAAAAAUUUAGAUUUUACGAAGGCGGGAAUUAAUUAUAAUUUGACUUGAUUGUGUGUAGCUGCUCGCCCGGGCAUCGCAUUUCUUGCCCGGGAUAAAAACGAAAUAAAAUAUAGCAUAUGACACCCACAGAUAACGUGGCUUUCUGUGGUGAAAAGGAUUUGUAAUUUCGAUUUAACAGAUCAGGAGAUUACUCAUAAUUUCUCAAGCUUUAGUCUUUACCUCUAUGAUAUUAUAACUGUUUUAAUCAAUUUUUCAUUUUAUGGGCUGUGUCAUUUACCCGCCUUCGUAAAAUAAUGUGUGUGCCAUUGUAAAUAGCUGUAGGUAAUGUAGGUUAUUCUAAAUAUAAGAGAAAAAAAUUUAUCAUACUGAUACAUUUUAUUGUGAUUAUUUUUGCAAAAGUAUAUUUACAGUACAAUUUUUCAUAGAAAUUAUGUUAAGUAUUCACGC